CUUUUUCCUUCUGAUUUUUUUUCUUCCGCCUCGAACUUCAUCAUUGCCCAUCCCUGAUGGAUAAGUUACAUUUCUCUCCCGAGACACCGUUCGGUAUCGCUCUCUACCCUUAUUUUGAAAAGGUUUAUGAGGCAGUGGUUGGCAAACCUGCUUCUUCCUUCAGCUUUACUCCUGGUGUGACACCUCUGUCAACCGUCAAUGAAGUCGUGGCCAGUUGCAUUACCUACUUCGUUGUCAUCUUUGGUGGUCGGUACCUGAUGACCCAGUUUCCACCUUUCCGUCUUCAGGCACUCUUCCAACUUCAUAACUUUUUACUUACUAUCGUGUCUGGUAUCCUUCUGGUGUUGAUGGUCGAACAAAUUUUCCCCAAAAUUUACCAUCACGGCUUUUUAUACGCUGUCUGCUCCAACGAUGCUUGGACCCAACCUUUGGAAUUGUUGUAUUAUUUGAAUUAUCUCGUUAAAUACUGGGAAUUGAUUGAUACUGUGUUCUUGGUGGCUAAGAAGAAGAAACUCGAAUUCUUGCAUUACUAUCAUCACAGCUUGACCAUGGUUCUCUGCUUCUCGCAAUUGGGUGGCAAGACUGCAGUGUCUUGGGUCCCCAUUACUCUCAAUUUGACUGUGCAUGUGUUGAUGUACUACUACUACUUCCGCACUGCCGCUGGACACAAGAUCUGGUGGAAGAAGUACUUGACUACCAUGCAAAUUACUCAGUUCAUCAUCGAUCUGUUCGUGAUCUAUUUCUGCACCUACACCUACUUUGCCUACACUUACUGGCCUCAUUUGCCCAAUAUGGGCAGCUGUGCUGGUACCGAAGCCUCUGCUCUUUUCGGUUGUGCUCUGCUUAGUUCGUAUCUUUUCCUUUUCAUCAACUUUUACCGUUUGACCUACCAGAAGAGCAAGGCUAUUCUCAAGCAGCGCGCUCAAGAGGCCAAGUCUUCUGCACCCGUGAAGAAGAGCAAGAAGAUCUAGAAAUCUGGAAAGAAUACUUUACAUACCAGAAACCACAAACUUGCAAAAGCAUUAGGAAAAAAAAUUACAGUUUACUCUACAGUAACUACUUGUAUCUUCGUUUCAUCUUAUAAUUAAAGACGUGUGUUUUACAUUAUUUCAA